AUGUUUUCAAAAACAAUGACGUUCGUUACUGAUUCACAUUAUUGGAACCAGAUUCAUCGAAAUCCAAGUUUUAUGUUACCAACAGAGGAGAUGGCUAAAGCAUUUGAUGCUAAUUCACUUACUUUAGGCCUCUUUGAAACGAAUGACCUUGCUCAUGGAUAUGUUCGAUAUUUACAAGGGAAAGAGUUGAAACAAUUAACGGCGAAAUUAGCGCAACAUAUCCGACAAACACUCAUCAGUAAAAGACUUGAACAUACGCAUUCAAACUGGAUUGAGUGCGGUCUAUUCAAAUUCUCUCACAUGCUAAUAUUUGAAUCAGUAAUCAAGACACUCUAUGGAGAUAUUGAUCCAUUGUCAUUUGAACGUGAAUAUCGAAUGUUCGAUUCCAAUAUACAUCUCUUCUUGUAUCCAUAUCCAGCAUUUAUCUUCAAACAGUUUUAUUCAUGGUUAAUCAAAGCGAAAAAUUUCUUAAUUGAACAGCUUUAUCAGAGACAACAUCAAGAUCAAGAUCGAUUGAACGAAACAAGGAGUUUAUUUGUGAAAAUGAUAAAUGACCUAAUGUGUGAAUAUCCAGAGCAGGCAAUAACGACCAAAGAUAUCGGUAGCUUUAACUUAGCCCUAUUAUGGGCAGCAAUUGGAAAUACAACGCCGGCUGUCUAUUGGACAUUAUUCUAUCUAUUGAAUGAAUCGACGGAGACUAUGGAUCUCAUUAAGCAAGAAAUUAAUCAAUACUUGUCUCCAUUGACUGGAUAUGAUGAUAUUGAGGAAGACGAUAAAGAUCAUCGAUCAGAUCAAUUAGACAAAUGCAUCUAUUUAGAUAGUGCAAUUAAUGAAACCUUACGUUUAGUAGCGACAGCGAUGAUAAUUCGAAGAUGUUCGAGUGAUACAAAAAUUAUAUUAAGUAAUACUAAGACAUUGGAAAUACCGAAAAACGAAACAGUUGUACUAUUUCCGUGUGCAUCCCAUUAUGAUCCACACAUAUUUAAAGAUCCAUUUGUCUAUAAAUAUGAUCGAUUUCUACCGACUAAUUUAGACGUCAAACAAAAACGUUCAUUUCUUCCAUUUGGUGGUGGCCGGUUUGUUUGUCCUGGAAGAUAUAUGGCCAAGAAUACAAUUAAACUUUCGAUUGCAUUUAUCUUACAACAUCUUGAAAUUGAAUUCUUGGAUAACAGGCAUCAAGCAUCGGAAACACGAAAAAUACCCGAUUUUCAAAUCAGUCGAAUUGGAUACGGAAUUGCACCACCAAGAGAAGAACAUAAAAUACGUUAUCGUUUCAGAUAG